AACAGAUUUGGGAUCAUUCCCAAUUUGUUUCCCCUCUCCCAAAUUUCCUCCGUUGUUAUUCAUCCUCUUGUCAUUUCCUGCCAUUUCCUGUAUCUUCUUCUCUUAAUAUCAAUAUAUGAAUUUUGAGCUAUUUUCCUGUUGAUCUUGUUGAUAUCAAUAUAUUAUUGCCUUAGACAGUUACUGUCAAAUUCUGAUUGCCAUUCCAUUCGCCAAUUUUAAUCCAUUGUCCUUAGCUUGGUACCAUCACAAAUUCAAACCGCCUCCAUCACCAAGUUUUGCCUCCCGAUGGCAAUUAGGACUUUAGGAAGACCCAAAUUUCUCAUCCAACUAAAUUCAAUCCACAAUUUUAACCAAGAAUUCCUAAACCGAGUAUUCAAACAAUUCUCCACAGAUCCAAAAAAAGCCCUAACUUCGAUCCCGCGAAAAUCCCAUGAAAGGAACCUAAUUUCCCUUUCAGGUCUCUUUCGCAGGUAUGGUUUUCAACCCUCUCAAAUCAGCAAUUUCCUCAAAAGUAAUCAAUGUUUACUCAAUUUGAAGCCAUCUCAUGUCCAAAAGUCCCUCAAAAUUCUCUUAUCUUUGAAACCCUCGCAAGAAUUUCUUUCUUCUGUUGUAUAUAGUUGUCCUAGUAUUUUAGACUUUGAUUUUCUUGAAAAAUGGGAAACCAAGUUUUCUGAUAUGGGAAUCUCUAAUUUUACAUCUUCAGCCAUCAGGAACAUUUUUGAGGUUUCUAGGAGAUUUGAGUUGGGUCCAGAUGAUGCUUUAAGGUGUGUAAUGUGUUUAAAAGGUUUAGGGUUUAGUGAGAGUACUGUGGUUAAUGUUUUGGAGGCAUUUCCCUUGGUGAUCAUGAUGGAUGAAGAUAGAAUUCGCGAUAAAAUGGUAUUCUUGAUGGAUAUUGGUUUUGAAAAAGAUGAUGUUGAUCGUAUUAUUCGCCUGUUUCCAUUUUCUAUGGCAUUUGAGGUUGGGAAAAAGAUGAAACCAUUGUUUGAUGAAUUUGAGGAUCUUGGUUUUAGCUUGGAUGUGGUUAGGUGGGAGGUCCUUAGAGACCCUCGAGUGCUUGGUAUGGAAGUUGGUGAGCUUACACAGUGUUUGAAAAUGCUGAGGAGUUUGAAAUGUAGAACUGUGAUUAAGGAGAAUAUUUUCCGUAUUGGAGCUUUUAGGGCCGGGUAUGAAGUGAAAAUGAGGGUGGAUUGUUUGAGGAAAUAUGGGUUGACAUAUAGGGAUGCUUUUACAGUGUUGUGGAAAGAGCCAAGGGCACUCCUGUAUGAGAUAGUGCACAUUGAGAAGAAAAUUGAUUUUCUUCUGCAAACUAUGAAAUUUGAUGUUUUCUGUCUGGUUCAAGUUCCAGAGUACUUGGGGGUAAACUUUGAGAAAAAGGUUGUGCCCCGAUACAAUGUGAUAGAAUAUUUGUGCUCAAGUGGUAGGCUUGGGGAUGAAGUAGGAUUGAGGGGCUUGAUUAAGCCUAGUCGGUUGAGGUUUUACAAUCUCUAUGUGAAGCCUUAUCCAGAGUGUAAGAAAUUAUAUGGGAGAUAUGCAGCAGCUGAAGUUAAAAGCAGGCAUCCAGCUGGAAUGUGGAAGCUUUUCCAACCACAAAAGCAUUCAGAAUCUAGAGAAGAUGUUGAAAACAUCAGGUCUUUCAUGGAGUCUAUAACUUAGUUCAAGGUUUUGUAUGAUUUCCCAGACAAAUGCUAGGGAGAAUACUAGUUGUAUAUCAGUUUAAGGUAUAUCAGUUUUCCAUGUCAUUGUUUCUGCAAAUAAUCUGAUAUAACCAUUUGGAAUUGAUUUUUCACCAUUUUCUUUGAUUAACUAACUUAUGCUUCUGCUGUUAGGCUUGAUAUUGAUCAAGAAUACAAGUUAAUAGAAAAUAUGGUCUGAAAGAAAAUCAUUGUCACUAUGAUUCAACUUCUUCAAGGAAAAGACUUCAAUGUCUUCAAAUAUUGCUUUCUCCUCUAGCUGAUUUACUAAGACAGAUGGAUCAUUUCAUUGCACUCAGUUCAGUAGAUGGUUCGAUGUGGGAGGCACUGUGCUUAUAUCAUGAAGAUACUUCCUGUCAUUGCAGGUCAGUGCUGUUUUGCUUUACUGGAACUGAAGUUGGGUUGCUAUUAAAAAAGACGAUGUGCUAUCAAACUGACUUUCUUUCUGGUUAAGAGUUAUAUUUUCAAUGACACACUGAUUGCCAAGAUGUAAUUUAAUGUGACAGUGCUCUGUUAUGUCAACACACACACACACAUAAUAUCAAACAGCUAUUGCUGAUCAAACAAUUCAAUUGCUCUUUGUCUGUGUGCAUAUGGAGCUGUAUAUAUCUUUGGUUUAUGAUUCCAGAACUUGGAAACUGUUCAUUUGUGAAGGCUUCUUGGGUGUGUGGAUUAAGUUAAAUGGGAUUGACCUUAAUAUUUGUUCUUUCUGGCAGUUGUAGGCAUCAGUGCUAUCCAAAUGCAAUGGUCUUUUUACUCGAGUGCUUGUCAUUUUAGACAAGAACUUCCAGCUUCUGAAGUACUAAAUGUUGAUCACCUUCAAGAAAUAAUUGUUGCAUCAUUUUGCAAGGUUAUUGAGAUCGUGCAAUUAAAAAAAUAAUAAUAAAUAAACCGCAGAUAAAGAGAUGUAGAGAGAGCAACAGAAUAUGAAAAAGGGAGAAGGUUAAAUAUUUGAUAAACAAUAAUCUGAUACCUUUUUUGGUUGUAGCCAAUUAGGCUUGAUUAGUCAUGGUUGAGACAGGAAACAAUAAGGAUUGAGUUUUUUUUUUCCUGCUGCUGCUUAUUAUUCUUUAAAUGCUCAACUGGGUUUGGAGGUUUCUGAGCAUGUGUGAAGACUAUUUGGAAUCAUUUUCUGAAUUUUACAUUUUUUUGGAAUUUUUUAUUUAGAAUUAAUUGUGUAUUGUGGUGGUGAUUUUUUUGUUUUUUUUUAUCAUACUUCUUAUGACACUUACUUUUUACCCAACUACAAUGUUGUGGGGAGAUAUAUUAUCUAUUUUGCUCUUAUUUUGAUGUCUGGCCUCUAAUUCAACAUUUGUCCUUUUUGUAAAUUGUCUUUUGUUCUCUUUUGAUCAUAUAUCAUUGGUCUGCUUGUCUUGGCUUUCUUUCCACCAAAGGUCAUUGGCCUUUCAUUUCCCACCUUUCUGUGGAGUGGAUAACAAUAUAAAAAUUUGGUCAAUAAUAGUUGAAGUGCUGAUAUUUUCCUGAGUGUUCCUAAAAUUUAGGCUUCAUGUCAACUAAUCAAUCAUAUUUUUGCAGGUUUACAAAGUUUUUUAGUUUCAGAAAUUUAGCAUGAUCCAUUUAUAGUAUGGACAUUAUUGGCCCAACAUAAGACAUAAAUAAAGGAAGGUAUGAAAUCAAUAUACAGCUACUGGUUUCAUUAGACAGUGGAAACUAUUGUAGCACCUGCUAUCAUCUGUGUACAGAUAUUUUUUUCCUCAUAUUCAUUAAUCUUGUGAUGUAUCUUAGCAGGGCAAUCAAAUACUAUUUAGCCAAACUGCCAGAGAAUAGUUACUCAUGAUUGCUGAGGGUGUGCAUGCGAGAAGAAUUCGAGUUAUUGGAGAAGUAACAUGUAAUGGUUGCUGCUCAUGGGAAUCUUUGGGAUCAGUCAUAAUGGGAUCAGUCCUAAUGUAUCUUGACAAAGCUAACUUCCCAAGAGGUUAUAUAGGUUUGGAACUUUCUACUGGUACACCCAUGCUUUACGAAUUCGAGGAUGGAAGCCUAAUUCAAAAGGGAAACCCAGAGGCACCAAUGCUGGGGUUCAUGCUUAACACUAGAAAGAACAAGGCAGGGACGCUAUUUGAAGAUCAAAUGAAGCUGCAAAGAGCUCUCUAUAAAAUGAGAUGAUUGACUUUGAUUAGUGAGAGAAGUCGGCCUUGAAGAGUGACUCAGAUUCAUGUGUCAGUAUGUCAUACAAAGGCUAAUUCAGCAGCAUUUUUGUGGCAAUAUAGCUUUUGUUUGAGCAAGUAAUGAGACAAAUUCACUGAAAUUCUUUGAAUGCCAGAAAAAAUGAGGCUACAUCUUUACCAUCUUUACCAAAUGGUAACUGUUGGGGAGACUUGUCCACUUCAGUAACUGCAGAAAAUGUGUGUAUGUUUGUCCUGUUUUGUUUCUUAAGUGCUGGAACUGGUGGAUGAAGCUGUAGAUGCCGUAGGAAGAGUGGAUAGAUUUCUUGUUUGUCAAUUUCCAAUUUAUUUUCUUGUAAGAUUACAAAUAGUUUCUUAUAUGAUAUUUAUGCUCUUAUGAGUGUUUAUUUUGUACAAAACAAACUAGAACCAGGAAAUAAGAGAGGUUCUUGAUUGGUGGAAAAUAACCAUUAUGGUUUUGAUCU